CCGCCUCGGCUCGGCUCGGCUCGGCUCGGCGAGCCGGCUGUGCGGCGCUCCAGCAUGGCGGCCUACAGCAAGUACCUGACCGUGCGCUACUCCACCAUGGCCGGCGCUACCGCGGCCGCCUGCGCCCUGCUCUGCCUCCUCAACAAGCGGCGCCAGGAGGCUGCGCAGCACGGUAAGAAAAGCGGAAAACAAGCAUUACAGAAUUAUGAGAAAGAAGGAAAGAGAGAACGUGCAGUGGUGGACAAAGUCUUUGUUAAGCGAUUAUGUCGAAUUGUGAAAAUAAUGGUCCCUAGAACAUUUUGUAAAGAGACAGGUUAUUUGUUACUGAUUGCUGUUAUGCUGAUACUGCGCACUUAUUGUGAUAUUUGGAUGAUUCAGAAUGGAACAGUCAUUGAAAGUGCUAUCAUUGGUCGCAGCAGAAAAGAUUUCAAGAAAUAUUUGUUCAACUUCAUCGCUGCAAUGCCUGCUAUCUCCCUGGUGAAUAACUUUCUGAAAUAUGGAUUAAAUGAACUUAAACUGUGUUUCCGAGUAAGGCUUACCAAAUACCUCUAUGAGGAAUAUCUGCAGGCUUACACAUAUUACAAAAUGGGAAAUCUGGACAACAGAAUAGCCAAUCCAGAUCAACUACUUACACAGGAUGUGGAAAAAUUCUGUAAUAGUGUAGUGGACCUGUACUCAAACCUUAGCAAGCCAUUUUUGGAUAUACUUUUGUAUAUCUUCAAGCUAACAAGUGCAAUUGGAGCUCAGGGUCCAGCAACCAUGAUGGCCUACUUGAUUGUUUCAGGGUUUUUCCUCACACGUCUGAGGAGACCCAUUGGUAAGAUGACCGUUAUUGAACAAAAAUAUGAAGGAGAGUACAGAUAUGUCAACUCGCGUCUUAUCACAAAUAGUGAAGAAAUUGCUUUUUAUAAUGGGAAUGCAAGAGAAAAACAGACCAUUCAUAAAACCUUUCAUAAACUGGUGGAGCAUUUGCACAGUUUCAUCUUGUUCCGGUUCUCUAUGGGUUUCAUAGAUACCAUCAUUUCUAAAUAUCUUGCCACUGUGGUUGGUUACCUUGUUGUUAGCCGUCCAUUUCUGAAUCUAACUCAUCCUCAUCAUCAAAAUAGUAACCAUGCAGAACUAUUGGAGGAUUAUUAUCAGAGUGGAAGAAUGUUACUAAGAAUGUCUCAAGCUUUGGGCAGAAUAGUCCUAGCAGGCCGUGAAAUGACCAGAUUGGCUGGCUUCACAGCUCGAAUUACAGAAUUGAUGCAAGUAUUAAAGGAGUUGAACAGUGGCAAAUAUCAGCGUACCAUGGUAUCACAAGAAAAGGAUGCAGAUAGAACUCAAGUUAUUCCUUUGAUACCUGGUUCUGGAGAAAUCAUCAAUAUUGAUAACCUUAUCAAGUUUGAUCAUGUCCCAUUAAUAACACCAAAUGGAGACGUGUUGAUUAAAGAUCUUAACUUUGAGGUUCGAUCUGGUGCAAAUGUUCUGGUUUGUGGGCCAAAUGGAUGUGGGAAGAGUUCACUUUUCCGUGUUCUUGGUGAGUUGUGGCCUCUGUUUGGUGGACGACUGACGAAACCUGAAAGAGGAAAGUUGUUUUAUGUUCCUCAGAGACCAUAUAUGACCCUUGGGACACUCCGAGACCAAGUAAUAUAUCCAGAUACCUUAGAUGACCAGAGGAGGAAGGGGAUAUCUGACCAGGUACUGCAGGAGUACUUGGACAAUGUCCAGUUGGGUCCAAUUCUGGAGCGUGAGGGUGGCUGGGAUAGUAUUCAGGACUGGAUGGAUGUGCUCAGCGGAGGAGAAAAACAGAGAAUGGCGAUGGCAAGAUUAUUUUAUCAUAAACCCCAGUUUGCAAUUUUGGAUGAAUGUACUAGUGCUGUUAGUGUUGAUGUAGAAGGAUACAUUUACAAUCACUGCCGGAAGGUUGGCAUCACACUGUUCACAGUCUCUCACAGAAAGUCUCUGUGGAAACACCAUGACUUUUAUCUGCACAUGGAUGGGAGAGGAAAUUAUGAGUUCAAGAGAAUUACUGAAGACACAAUUGAAUUUGGAUCAUAAAAUCUAUAAAGGUGCAGUGCUACAGAGACUGAUUACAAGAAAUGUAUAGAAAGGCACAGUGCAUUGUAAAAUAAAACUACUUGGCUUGUUUUUUAAACAAAUUAACUAGGUAUAGAAUAAUCCAAAACAAGCUAUUUAAAUGUUUAUUAUUAUGUAGAAUAUUGCUAAUUGUGUAUAUGUUGGUUUAAUUAUUAAUAUGUACUAAGAAUGUCCUUAUUCUUGUGGUUAAAAACCUGCCUAAAUUAAAUUGGGCUUAAAUCAAUGUAAUCUGAUUUGUCUAGGGAUGUAAAUCAUUUGAAGUCAGUCCAUCUGUUUUUUUAUGGACCUUCCUUUCCUUCAGUGAAGAACCCAGUUAAAAUUAGGGUUACUACAUUUUUUUUUUUUUUUGUUGUUCCUGGCCGAACAGUUGUCGGUUUGUAUCAUCUCUUCUAUUAAUACUUCUGAAUUAUCCCAUGUAUUGCAGCCCUUUGUAUGGCAUGUUAUCUUGUCACAGUGCUAGCUUGGGUAGACACACUUUCUGUAACUUUGUGUUAUGGUCAGUGUUUGCAUGUACACCAUUUCUGGUGUAGGUGGGCUAAACCAAGAUGGCAGGUGCCUAACUUUUUUUGCUGCUAAAAUGAUAGGCUUAUCUCACUGUGCAUAUGGAGCCUUUCCAGUGUUGGUUUAUCUAUAGAUCCCUCUGGCAGCUUGAAUAUUUCCUGUUUAGGACUGUGUUAAUGUGACGGUUCUAGGGAGCUGAGUAUGAUUUUGGUUCCCAAGGAAAUGGUGGAGGGAAGCAGAUUAAGAGACCAGUCCUCCUUUUGAAGUCCAUAGGAAUUUUACCAUUGACUUUAAUGAGAGAAAGAAUGGACUCAAAAUCCAUCCUUCCCUCUGAAACCUUUAUCACCACUCCUUGAAAGUUCCAUUUCAUUGGUCAGUGGCAGACUUCUGUCUGUCCUGUAUGGUCUUAUUCCUGGGAUAAGACUAGUGGCCAUUUUCUGCAGUCUUCCCUUUUGGCAACCUUUUCAAACUAAGGUGAACACCUAUUCAGCAGCUGUACUGUAUAGGUUUGGGUUUUAAGAUGAGUUGUGAUGGUAAUCCUCAUUCUGGGGUUUUGGUUCAUUUAUUUUCUUGUCAUGUUUGAAAUGGUACAUCUCAAAUUCUUCAGGCUGUCUCCAUUUUCCAGAGGGCUUUUUUUUUUUUUUUUUACUGUUUCUGAUCAAUUAGGCAACUGUUUUGUAGGUUUUUAAAUUAUACACCACUAGUUCCCAAACAGUGUCCAUGAGCUACUAGACCUGGAGUACUAGUUAUUAUUCCAGCUGUCAAAUCUAAUGAAAAGACAGCUGCAAGUACAUCUAAUGCUUUAUAUGAAAAAUAGCUCUAGUCACAGUUACUAUAGCUGCUACAUGAUUUAACAGGAUCGCAAAAAAGAUCAGGACAUGGGAGUGUGGUGGUCACUGAGAGUGUUCGGUUGUAUUCCAUGCUACCAAAAAAAAUCCUUGGUAUGCACUGAAGGUCUGAUAGCUCCUUGGUGUUGCACACAUGCUGUAACAUAGGAAUGCACAACAUGAAGGCAUGCACUGAAUAUGCAAUAAAUGUGAUCUCUGUACAUCUUUUAUCAAGGUUUUAAAUACUUAUUUUCUUUUUGUAAAGUUGAUAUGCGUAUGGGUUUACAUCUGCCUGUUAGUGAGUAGCUUAGUUGUGUGAAUACUAGAUACUAUCUUUCAUGUUAAAAUUGUUACGCCCUGUAAACACUUUCCCUCUUAUACUGAAACCUGAAAUUUUGAGAUUAUCAUAGUCCUUGUCUGUAUCACUUACUGGUGAUCUUUCUUCACACAAGAAAUGCCAAUGACUACGUUCAGCUACCCAGUGACACAGUAGGUAAAUUUGAACAGUUACAGAGUUAAUCAAAAAAGUGUGUCUUUGAAGCCUAAUUUCAUUUAGGGAUCAGGGAAACAAAUUGUGUGUUCAUUCCACAAGAGGUAAAAAAGCUACCAUAUUUACUACAUUUUAAUUUAAAUUAAAUUUUAAACUUUCAAGUCAUAAUUCAUAGUGAAGCAGCUAGUGCUGCUGUAAAUGACUGUAGUGUAUUUCUUAUUGCCCUAUAUUAUCAGGGUUUACCAUAAUAGCUUUUUUUGUGAAAUUUUUCAUCCCCAAUACAAUGUUUUUUAAAAGAAAUGAUUUAGUAGCUUUUUAAAGAGUCAAAGUAAAAAAAAAAUCCUUAAAUUAGGAUAUCCAUUUUUAUUCUUUUGGUUAGAGAGACAUCUUCAGUGAUGUAAAGUAGUGGAUUUAGGAUAUUUUUUACAAAUGUGUUUCAGUUAUGUGUUUUUUGACACUAACAAGCAAAAACCUCUCAAAGCACAUUUAUAUGGCAUCCUCUGCAGCAAGACCUAGGGUGCUUUACAAUUCAAAAUGGUUACUAACAGCACUGGGUGAUAAACUUCCUCAGUUUUGCCUUAAAAACGAACACGGAUUCUGCUUCAGAACAAGGAAGGAAUAACUCUAUCUCUGUAACAUAACAUCCAUUGAAAUUGACAGCACUCAUUUCCUCAUAAAACCAGGUCCUUAAAUCCUUAAACAUCUAGGUCUUGAUGUCCCAAAACUUACAUUGAGGGUAAACUAAAAAAAUCUAGUUUAAAAAAAUGUUUUUAUUGUCAGUCUGACAAAGAAACUAAAAAUCUAGUGAAGGUGAACAAAUUGUGAUUUGGUUCCAAAAUUAAGCUCUGGUGUUUGUAUUCUAGUUGCAGUCUUUUUAAUUGCUCAAGCUGGAAGUUUGAAAAUAAAGGAUAUAAUAAGUCACGCUGAGACUGAAAAUACUGAGAAGCAUCUCCAUGGCCUCAAGUAUGGAGUCUCAUGCUGGUGAUAUUUUGAAGCAGCAGUGGUGCGGUCAGAGGUGCCUGCAUUUCAAUGGUGGGGGGGAAAAUUCCUGUAUGUGUGUAUAUUGUAAAGCGCUUUGUGGGGAAAAGGCGCUAUAUAAAUGUACAACACUAAGUGCCUUUGAAAUAAUAAAUCUAAAGAGAAAUUACUUCUAGGCUUUUUAUAUUUGUUGAUUGAUGUAAUUAGCAAUUCUGUUAUUUAAUAAUACAAAGAAAAGUGCAUGUUCGGUAAACCUAGUGCCAGUUUAUAAAACUUUUGACUUGCAGUCAACUUCAUAAAAUUGAUUGCAUUGUUUGCAUGAAAUUCAUACUCUGAUCAGUCAGAUUUAUUAUAAUCACUCUCAACUUGGCUAAUAGAAACAAAGAACUAAACAUUGUAGAAAUGGGUAUCAUAGCAAUUAUCCUGUGGAAACGAUCAGUAUCUUUUCAUAUACAUUUUUGCGAGGUUAUAUGGACUGUCAAGACUGAAUAGAUGAUCAAGUUCUGAAAAUGGACUAUGAAGACCAAAGUUCUAUAGUUCCUUGCUAUUUAUCAAGCUGUAAAGAGAGUAGUUUCCAGUCCAGUCUACCUUCCAAAAAACUACUGGUGAUUACCCUGUCUGCUCUGAUCUGUUCUCUCUCCCUUCCGGGGGGGGGUAAAAAUCCCCACCAUCUGAACACUUAGAAUUUACUUUCAUGUAUGUGAAGGAUGACCCAGAAUUUGCUCCACGAAUUAAUUAAAAAAUGCUUGUGUUGUAAUUUACUUUUUAUUCUUUUUAAUCCUGAUACCAGUUUCUCGUUCACUUUAUUGGGAUUUAAAUCUUUAACAUAUCUCCAGUCUAGGUUUCCCAAAUUCUUUAGUUCUCUGCGACUGCUGACAUGUUAUUUUUGUAACGCUACGAAGUUUGUAGCCCUAUAAAAAGUAUAGAUCACUCUUGGGUAUGGACAUGUGCACAGCUUCUUGGCUGAAGCAUAACAGAGUUGCCAUAAAGACAUGCUUUCCAGCCAGGAGACAAAAGAAGACUGCUGCUUAGCUCCCAUUACUCCCAGGGGAGGCUUUCAGUGGGCCGGGCCAGACAUUCCUGAUGGGGCUGCAUGCAAGUGGGGAGCUUUAAAAAGCUGCUGGUGGUUGAACACCAGCAGUCUUUUAAAGUUUCUGUCUCAUAGGCAGCCCAGUUACAUUUGUCACUGGGCAACAAAGGUGACAGGGCCUGAAAAGGCUGACUGGGUGGUUUGCACUGCUAGGUCAACUCCUGCCAGUUCCUGCAGGGCUCCCUGACAGCUUGCUGCUGGUCAGGCUAUCGGGGAUUCAGGCAGCCACUGUCUGUCCUUCCCUCCCUGGCCCCACAACCUUUGGAGGCAGAGAGAGAGAGAGUAGAGCACUGUGGGAUACUGGGCCAGGGGGGCUUAGAGAGACCUGUGCAGACGUUAAAUUUGUGGUGGAACAGUUUUGAGCCACAGAGAAAUUGCUGUCUCAAACAGUGACUUGUUUGGGGUGGGUUCGCUGUUUUUGUGGCAGAUCCACCAUUUUUAUAGCAUAACCAACAGCAUGUAAAGUGCAACAAAUGUAACAUCUGCCAGAGCCCUGAUAAUAUCCACGUUUAGGUGAAAUUUUUGACAUAGAAAAUGCCUUAUGUGAGGUACGUAUGAAACUGCCAAACAUCCUAGGCUUGCAUUUUGUAAGACUCACUUAUCUGUAUAUAUCAUCAUCUUAGUAUCUGCUGCUUAUGUAUUGGCCUUUUUAUAAUUUUUAUUUAUGAAUUACAGCUCUUGAGUAAAUUAAUUCUAAAGAAGUUACAGUGUCAAAAUAAAACCACCCUGGCCCAUGCUAGCUACUUAAAACACCAUUGGUUUGGUGCUAGUUUCCUCAAUGGUGGUAAUUGUUGAUGGGCCAGUGGAAACCUGUGGCACUGGAAAUGGGUUCUGCUGCACACACUAGAGAGGUGAGGUGGUUUGCUUUGGUUCAGACUGCUGGUUUGCAUUCUGAUUUCUCACAUUUAACAGCAUGUUCUAGAGCAGGGAAGUUCAAUCCAUAGUAUGGGCAGUUGGUGUGUGGCACUCAGUAGACUGGGGAGGGAGCAGGGAAUAUGGCGGCAGAUGGGGCAGGGAGCAGAAAGCACAGAGAAACGGAUCAGGCAGAGGAAGGGGAUUGAAGUGAUUGAUACUUGGGGAGAGGGAGGACCUACUAGCACACCUGCCAGAUAGUUUGGCCCCCACUAUUUUAGAGGUUCAGGGCAAAGCAAUGGAAAGCUUGAUUCUUAGACACUUAAUCUGUAGAGAUGGGAUCACCCUUUAAAAAAAAAUUAACACCCCAGAUCUAUGUUUGUGGUAGGAGCUGGGGCUGCAGUUUGCAACCUCUUAGUCUUUUAUAUUGACCUUUCGAGAGUAGUGAGGCCAUGCAUAGGUACAUGCAUAUGUAUGAUUCUUAUUGUAAGGUCAGGGUUUAAAAUGGUAAGAAGCAAUUUGCCAGUGUUAUUAGUUUUGUUAUGCCCAGGAGGCCUAGUCAUGGACCACUGUGAUUACUAUGUAAAACAAGGGGUCUCUUUGGAAAUGGCUACCUUAGAUAUGAGGUGUCAUCCAGUACUGGGCUUGAGUAGAACAGGAUUGUAUGUCUGUAUAAAUGGGCCUUUUUUUUUUUUUUUUGGUUAAGUAAAUGGUAAUGCUUAUGCAAAACAAGUGAUUGUAUGCAUUAUAAAUUGCUACUGUCUGUGUUUUCUCGACAAGAGGAACUCAGUGUAAGCUCCCAAUCUACUUUUCCACCAUUUUUCAGUUCUGUGUUAAAGUGAUCCCAGGAAUUUGGAGUUUAUCUAUAUCAUGAUGUUCCUCUGUGUAAUGGAUUCCAUCUUUAGCUUAGACAGUUUUGCUUUUGAUCUUCACCCAUGUUUGCUACUUACUGGUGUUGAAACAAUAAACUGGAGAUCAGAGGUGACCAAUUUUUUUGGCUUGAAGGCCACUUAAUGAGUUUUGGUGUCCUCUCAAGUGUCUGUCUCUCUGCACUUACCCAACACAGUGGAAGCAGACCCAGGUGGGCAACAGCAUCAGCUGGCAGGUCCUGGGUGGGGAUCGGGGCAUCCGCACAAGUCCACAGCUGAUGCUGCCAUGUCAGCACUGGGCAGAAGAAGCAGUCACUGCUACUCAGCACAGCAGAAAUGGUCCCACACACCGGGCACAGCAGCUGGAGCUGGAACCACUGGCUGCCUGUGGGCCGGAUCCCAUGAGUUCAUGGCUAGCUUUGCUGCCCAUAGAAGAAGGCCACUGAGACCAGUUGGUGACACUUUUGUCACUACUGGAUUAUUUUCCUAAUAUAAACAGGAGCUAAAAUGACCAGCUGAUUUCUUGCAUACUUUUAACCAGCUAUUGGACAAAAAAUGCGUGUUUAUCUGGGUUGAAUUUGAACCAUGAAUUAGAAGAGGAAAGCCCUAUUUCUGGUCAGUAGUUUUGUGAAUAAUCUAUUUUUGUCUUUGAGGGCAAAGUUAAAAACAGAGGUAAUUCACCUUUGGAAGGUUCCUUUUAAAAGAAUUUCCCUAAUACAGAUGUAGCCAGAAGGAUGACUUUAUUCCUUUUAAACAAUUUUUCAAUGUUCAGUCUACAUUCUGUUGCAGCUAGCCAGCUUGAACUUCCUUUAAGAAAAAUAAAAUAAAUUGUUUGCUUUAACACUAUAGCCUUUUCUUUAUAGUCAAGGCUCUGUACUUCAUGGCACAAUAGAACCAAAUUUUGCAUCAUCAAGUUCAUUUUCAAGAAUACCUUAUCUCUAAGGUACUUAGCACCCUACAUCCAACACCUAUAGAAUAUCAGGGAAGGGAGGCCUACAAUCAAACUGUCUUUCACAAAGGUUUAGUCCAAGACUAGAAUAAAUUGCUGUCAUCACAAAUCACUCUACUCCCUGUUCCAAACACAGGGCAUGCUUUUCAACCAGGCUACCUCUUAACAAACACAGGUACAUCCUUGCUGUUACUUAGUAGUGCUGCUGCCAAAAUCCCAUUAUUCUACAGCACCCACAUUUUUUUCUGUGGAAGCAAUAAGGCAGCCAAAUGCUACAGCUGUUACUUAUGUUGCUGAGUACACUAUUCCAAGCCACUUGGGCACUGUUAUGAUGAGAGCUGUAAAAGAACCUGUGUGUGGAAUAGUGUUCUUAAAAGCAAAUAUUAUAUUCCCACUGAUGCCAUCUGAAGGUAGUUUACAGUAUGAGGGGAAGAUAAAGUAGAACUGCUUUGCCAAAGUAUGAACUUGGUGCUAUGUAGUGGGAGUCACAUAUUUUCAAUCAGCUAGCCAUUGGCAACCCUUUCACUACAAAGGUAAUUUGUAAACCCUUUAUAGGCUCUCUUUCCAUGCUGAAUCACAGCAUGGGAAUUUCCAUCUCUGCUAUUCUAAUUAUGUAUAAAGAAGGAAUAAUAGUUCUAACCAAAGAGGCUAGCCUGAGAUCUCUGUGCAACAAUCCUCUUUUUUGAGGCUUUAAGGCCACUAACAGACAUUAUUUAAAGGCACAAUGGGAUAUGAUCCCUAAUCCUAACAAUUGCACCUCCUGCUAUGCCACACAUGCAUGGCAGGACAUGUGAUUUUGGGAUUAAGGACUAGAUUCCAUCAUGCCUUACUUGCAUGUGUAGAGGGAGGUGGUCUCUGACUUCUCCUGCAUCAGCAAGUUGACAGCCAGGUGCCAAAAAUCAGCCAAUGAUUGUUGGCUGGCUUCUUGGACCCACAGGGACUGAUUUGAACUGCAGUUCAGUCCCCAGAAUCCACCCAUGAUCACCUGAUUGUUGGCAGGAUUGGGACUGCACUGGAGUUCAAGCCCCUGUGCAGUAUCAAUCCAGCCAAUGAUCAGUGUGUCCUCAGCCAGCAGGGACUAUACCAGGACCAGAACUGGCCCUGGUUCCAAUCAUAUUCACGAUCAGCUGAUUGUCAGCAGAAUCGGGACUCAAACUGAACCCAGCCUGUCCCUACCAGCUGACAAUCAGCUGACCGUCAACUGGCAGGGACCACCAGGACCUGUUCACACCCUGGUGUGGUCCCAGAGCCAGCCAAUGAUCAGGUGAUUGUUGGCUGAUGGGAACCCCAGUUCAAUUCAAGGCCCAAUGGAAACCUGCCAGAAAAUCAUUGUCAGGGAUUCUGAUCAAGCAGGCCUGGCUGAGUCAGGCAUGUGAGUUACCAUGUGGGCCCCUGAUCCUUGGCCCAGUAUGGCUGACCCUAUUCUCUGCAACCAGACUGGCUGCUGAAAGCACCACUCACCCCUUUUAAACAUACCUGCAGCCUCAGACUGCAUUCAUGCCUUCACAUAGCCUCAGUCUGUUCCAGCAAGCAAUGUGUUCACAGCCCUCCCUGGUUCUCUUGACUUCUGACCUGGCUUUAGCUUUGACCCUGAUCUCAGAUCUUACCUGAAACUUGGUGCUGGUUCUGCUCUCUCUGGUUUUCCUGGCAUCCUGACUUGCCUUGGCUUCCUUUACCCUGUUCUCAGAUUUUCCGUGGAACUUGGCAUCAGUUCCCUGACCCUUGAUCUCGGCUUAUGUCUCAGACUAUAUCUUUUGCUAACUACCCUGCUAACCUCCUAAUUGCCUCCCAUGGCCUGUCUGCAGGCCCAGCCACCAAGGUCCUGGCUGGACCCUCACUCAAUACACAUUUUUUGUGUAAGAAUUUUGUGGCUUAUUUCUAGUUUUAUUGCGCCGUUACUUGCCUGAACAUGUGGCUAGGUAACACUUUAAGAUGCAAUUAACUGUCCUCACUUCAUAAGAACAAGUGAAGCUCAUACUAGUCCAUUUAUUCCUGUAUGAGCCAAAUAUGCUUUUCCCUUCCUGCUCCCAGCACAGAAUUUAAUACCAAGGCAGAGUCCAAACAAGUCCAAUACCUCAUGAUCUGAAUCAUACCUCUGAUCCUAUGACACCUAGCUGACUUCCUGCCCUUUGGGCAGGGGGCUGGACUCGAUGAUCUUCCGAGGUCCCUUCCAGCCCUAAUGUCUAUGAAAUCAUAACACCAUAUUUUACUACCAAACAUACUAUCUCUUGCUUAAUUUUAAAACUUUUUUCUUUACAAGAGAAAAAGAUUCAAGUGCUUUUCUUUUUACGUCCUAAUUGAUUUGCUUUAUUUAGUUGUUUAUUAGACAUGUAUGUGGCCCUUCUCCAAAAAGGCUCAAGGUAGCUUACAAUAAUCAAUAAAACUUGUAUAUCGGUGUCUUUAUUAUUUUAGUGAGUACUCAAUCAUGGGAAUCCUGGUUGCCCUGCAUAAUGCACCUGGUUAUAAGAAUACAAGCCAUAAAUUAAAGAUAAAAUGAUGACAUUCCAGAAUACGUUUGAAAUAUUAGUCCGUGUAUUGUUGCAACUGAACUUGAUUCAGCCCUAUUUAAGAUAUAUUUCCAUGAAUAAGUCUGCCUAAUCUACUGUUAUCUGGCCUUGUCUUAUGCAUUUGUUUUCUUUUCCCCUGAUUGCACAGAGGGACAGAUUAUCACCCAGCCUCUGUCAAAGUUAACUGUCACAUCUGUACUACAAAGCAUUAAACUGCAGGAUCUCAUUGGCUAGUAUGUAUUUCAUUCUUCCUGGUGACACUUCCAUAUUCCUCCUCUCUCAAAUAUUCCAGAACCAGUUGUAGAUUUUAUAACAUAAUGCAGUCAGGUUAGAUUACUACAGCAGCAGUACAGUGUGUACAUUUCUUCCUGUUACUGAAGUUAAAGCUGGCCAAGUCAUCCUUGAAAUGUCGUAAAAUCAUCUCCCCAGGGAAGUAUGUGCAGAGCCAAAUAAAACACACAAAAAAACCACAGACACAAGGGAGACUUGAGUUUCAGUCAUCUUCUUUCACUUCAGAUUUAAAUUAUAAUCAGAUCCAAAUGGCUGGUGAAAAUUUCAGGGAAACAGCCUUCUCAUGCAAGAGGAGACUACUUGCCAGUAUUUCAGUGAGAAAUCCUGCAUUGUGAGAAUGCUCAUGCACUUGGUAUUUUGAAAUAGACGAUGUGGGGUCAAACCAGCCCUCCCUCUCACUUCCAUGGAAGAUGCCAGUCAAAGAUCAGGGUGUAGUUCUGGUUAAAAACAUCACAUUUUUACUAGACUGAGGACUAAUCUACGCUACUGGGCAUUGGUGUGGUUAUAUCAGCCAAGAUGCCUAAUGGAGAGGCAGCUUUUACUGGCAAAAAAAUAAUUUCUCAAUAUUUCUGAGAAUUACAAAUACUAUACCCAAAAAUGGAAUGUUUUUACAGGGAUAGGGCAGGAAGUUGGGUCUUGCAAAGCUAUGCUAGUGAAAGUUUUUUUCCCCCAACACUCCUUGCCAUUGCAGCUGUGUUCACCAUGUGAAAAAGAAAACCCAAAAAGCAUGACAAAAUUCUCAGUAAGUGACUUUUGCAGUACCUUUCAUUGUACAGGUUUCAGGUUUCUAUUCUGAAAUACAACCAAACUCUAGAAUUAAAUGAAACAGCUACUCUCCACCAAUAACACAACUCAGCAAUGUUGGAAGUGUGAUCCUUUUGUUUAGUGUGGGCCAACAUUUUUGGCAGGCAUGCCACAAAUUAGCCUUCCACCCUCCCUGAGUGCCACUCUCAUCCCCUUCCCCUGUCUGACCUGCUGCUCUACUUUCUGCUUCUUACCCUAUGCUUCUGGCUAGACCUGCUCCCUGCCCUAUCUGCUGCUGUGCUGUCUGUUCCCUCCCUGAUCUGCCACAUGGGACACACACAGGGUGCCCAUGCUAUUUGUGGCAUGCACACCACAAGUUGGCCACCCCUGCUUCAGUUGAAUUUUAAGAAGAAGGGAAGAUAGAAUGAACCAAAUCUUGGCCUCCCAAUCCCCAGUGAAAGCAUAGAAGGCUAAACCAAACCAAACUGUAGUUUCCAUGUGCAAAGAUGAAGGUACUUGAGAAACUAGAGAGUGGACACACGUUAGAAAAUCUUCACACAUUGGAGAAGUGCUGUACACCAGCUCUUCAGAGAUGUGCAGAGCAUAGUCUUUGGAGUGCAAAAUGGGUCAGAGAAAAACUUGUUAUGGAAAUGGAGAUCAACCAACUUAACACUUGUAUAAUAAGGUGGGAUGUAGCACUUGGAACUGUUGCCCUACCUGAUAGCUGGACUGUCCAUCUUCUGGAUGACAAGGAGCAGCACAGUACUCUAGCCACAGAUGCUGGGGCUGUAUGCUGCAGCCAUCACAGACCCUGGGGUCUCCCCCACCAUGGGAGCAGUCUGACUUCCUCUCUCUCACGUAAUGUACAGCACAAGUAGCCCAAGUUUCCCAGCUGCAAGCAGCCUGGGUUCCUCCUUGCCUGGGCUGUCAGGCUCUCUCCCUGCCACAUGUGCAGUGCCCUUCCACCACCCCACCCUCAGACACAGGGGCAGGAGCACAAAGUUAAAGGAGGGAAGGGGAGCCCAGAGACCCUGGCCACUGCAGGGGGGGCCUGGGUUCACAUGUUAACCCCUCUUGAGCCAGAUAUGACCUGUGGUCUGUCCUUUGAAUAAUCCUAGCCUAUGGUAUUUCACAAAUUGAGACAAUUCAUUCUCUCCUGACCUUUAGAGUUCCACUUUGCUGUGUGCAUUUUCUCAAAGGUUAUAUUGGCAGGUAGGGUUUGGUUCAGUAAAAUGAUAAAGUGAAAUAUGCUUCUUGCAUGCACCUUAUGUUGUUCUAGAUUUUCUAAUGGGUGACACAAUUUCCGUUGGUUGUCCUGUAGAACUUCAGGCAAUGGGGGUUUUUUGUCAAUGGCUCGUUAAUGUUUCAGUCAGUUCUCAUGAUUCUUUUCAGCUUAGUAUCCUGGAAAAGAAAUUGAGAUUUGAUCCUUGCUGCUAUUGUAAUCAGUGGGAGUUUUGCUAUCAAAAUGUAAUGGGAGCAGGAUCAAGCCCAUUUUAUCAUUUCAAUGUAAGCACCUUUUGGAAAUUAGAAGGGUAAUGUAAAAUAGCACAUAGCAAGCAGUGUCAGUGGAAAAGUACCCUCAAAUAGCAAACAAUUUUUAUCAGUCUCUUGAGUGGUCACGUUAGAAAGGUGCUCCUGUGUAUGCACUCCAAAAAAAUGUUGCUCUAGUACUUGAACAUUUUUGUGUCAUUUCUUUCAAACUUUGUACUAAGAUGCUAGUUUUCUUUAGCACUUCUGUGGUCAAGCAGUGUUUCCCAGUGCAGUAGAUUAGUGAGCCAUUUCCAUUUUACAUUUUUGUUUGACUUGUCAUUAUGUAUCAUUUUAAUGCUGAAAUGAAUAAGAGGCUUCUUUGGUUAAGGUAUUAGCAAAAGGGAGCCAACAGUGCUCAGAGAGUAAUUGAAUUGCUAUUUAGUGGUGAAAGGUUUUUGUAGAAAGGUGUUGAGUAACACAGUGAUGAUGUUGCAUUAGUACUACAAAGCUGUCUAAAUUACAGUCCCACUUCUGUGUGUUUCAUACCAUAUUGGGGUAGGAAAUGCAGAGUCAUUAGGCCAAAUUAAUCCAUGGAGUAACAAUAUCGAAGCCAGAGGAAUUAAACCAAGGGUCUAUUUGUCUCCUUAAGCUGAAUGGUUCAUAGACAGAAAAAUGUGAUGAAUUCUAAGAUUUAUGUUUAGUGCUAAGACAAAUUAAUAUGAGUAUAAAGCAGCUGUCAAGCUCCUCUAAUACCUUUUUAAUGGUGCUUUACUAUGGGAAUUAACUAAAAAGUACUGAUACAAAAGUGGCUGUUAUCUCUGGUUGUAACCAUCUCUAAGAAUUCUCCAUAUGGGAGACUUAUGGAAACAAUGAAAUAAUAUCUGUUGUACAACAAGCUGAACACAUAAAGAAAGGGACAUGAGCAAAAGAUGUUUGAAGAAACAAUGGUUAAAGUGAAUGGCCCAAUAUUUAAAAUUGUAACAUAUACAUAUAUGUAUUUGUAGCAUGUAACAGUUACACGUACGAAAUGUUUUUUCUGUUUGUGAUAUGGGAUUAAAAACUUGUGCAAAUUUA